CUCCGUAGACAAUCUUCCAAUCCGCGCCUCGCAUCAGCUUUGAACUAAGCAUGAAGAACAAGGCGUCUAGCGCUACUACUUUGUCCGGGCUUCGAAAUCACCCGCCCAACUAGCCGCCAAAUGGGCUAUCCUUAGUCAGGAUCCCCUAUCCUCGGUGGCGCAUGUGCCAGCCAUCUUUGUCUCGUCAUGACGCAUUAGAUUCGUUCGACAACCUGCAAUAGCACCAUCGAGCAAAACCAAACGUCCCAUCCAGGCCAUAGUUAUCGGAAAUGCUCUUUCUACACGUCCUCUCAAUUCCUUCCCUUAAUUCCAAACUCGGUUGCUCGCCAUGUCGAACGCACAUGAGUCCGAUCCGCUUCUCUCCAAACCGGCGGAGACGGCGACCAAUAGAUUGAACUCUGAAAAAAAGCGGGUGCUCAUCGUCGGUGCCGGGGCGGCUGGCAUGUCAUGCGCCCACCAUCUCUCCAACCAUCCUGGCAAGUUCGAUGUUACUCUGAUCGAUGCGGUGGACUAUUGCGGCGGCCAGGCUUUCUCAAUCCCCAUUGACAAAGAGCAUUAUGGAGCCGGCUGGUUGAACCAGGGCGUGCAAGGCGGCAGCUACAUCUUUCACCAUACCAUGACCAUGUUCGCUCGCCAGGGACACCGCGCUGAUCCCGUCAAGCUCCAGGCGAGUUCGCUCGUCUCUUUCGGCAAAGAAGAUACUUUUUGGACGAACAUCUUCCCGACCGAACUCCUUGCCCGACACCAGUCGGAAAUCCGGCGCUUCAAGCGAGUGCUCACCCUCGUCCGCUGGUUCGAAAUCUUCUUCGCACUCAUUCCGAUCAAGUACUUGAUGAAGAUAUUCUUCUUCUCCGAAGAGUUCUCCAACUGCAUUGUCUUACCCAUGGUCGCGCUGUUCCUCGGAACCGGAAACUACGCCCCUGAAGUCCCCAGUAUCAUCCUGGAGAGACUCUGCACGAGUCCCACGUACGGGAUGUGGUAUCCUCCCGACAAGCUCAGCGUCGCGAGCAAUCAGCCUCCUAUGGUUGUUUUCCCCAACUUUGCCCGUUUUUACUCGGAUUGGAGGAAGAAUUUGGAGACUAAGGGGGUCACGGUUCACUUGUCGACUGAGCUUACCGAAGUGGUGAAGAGGGAUAAGAACGGCGUUGUCGUGAAGUUGAUCAAGCGCACACCUGAACCGGAUGCGCACAACCGUGUCAGUCAGUGGGUGCCUUCGACCACGCAAGACGGUACGGACGGCAGCGCGAGAGAGGUCGAAGAGCACUACGACGAGAUCGUCCUAUGCAUUCUCGCCGACUCCGCGAAACGCAUUCUCUCCAAAACCGCGUCCUUCCGGGAGAAGCGCGUCCUCGGCUCCGCCAAGUUCUCCGACGACCUCACCAUUACGCACUGCGACUCGGCGUAUAUGAAAAAGCACUACGAGAACUUCUACAACAGCGAGCGCGCUGUCGAGGCGCUCUCCGGCGUCGACCAAACCACCCGGCUGAAGAUGGCCGAGAAGUCCUUCAAGCCCAUGUACAUGAUCAAGAUGUACUCCGAGGAUCGCUCCAAGCUGGAGAUGUGCUUCGACUGCACAAACUACCAGAGCCAAUUCACGCCCGACGUCCCGUUCGAGAAGCACGUUUUCCAAACCAUUUACUUGAAUAAGCAUCGCGAUGGCCAUCUGUGGACCGACAACGAGAUUGACGAGAGCAAAAUCAUACGCAAGGACUGGUGGCAUCAGCUCUGCCACUCGUACACGCAUUACCUCUUCGUUGUGCCUUGGAUGUGGCUGCUACAAGGCCGGAAACACACCCGUUUUGCAGCCGCAUGGACACUCGUCAAUGCGCACGAAGUUGCCGUCAUCAGCGGCAUUGCUGCUGCCGUUGACCUGGGAGCCGCGUAUCCGGAAGACCUGGAGCGAAACCGUUUCUCGUUGCUGAGCUUCAGGCUCUACUACCUGCUUGUUUAUGGCAAGUGGUACCGCAAGAGGGCAGAGCAGGAGGGGGAGGGCAAGAAUUGGGGUAGUGGUUAUUAUGGGAGCAUCUAUCAGGGACCGGGGGUUGCGCAUACGGAGAGGCAGAUGUGGAGGGAGGAGAAUGGGAUUCAGGGCUGAGGGGUCGAAGCGCAUCUCAAUGACCAUCCCCCUUGCAUCCCUUCUGCCCUACGAAACAUGCCUCGAAAAAACACAAGUAUUAUUCUUGUCAUCCCGUAUUCCCCGGAGACAUGACGAGAAGCCCUGAAAUGCACACUCCAGUUCACGAACGGGAGGGGUCAAUUUCGUUACUAUAGCCCUGACGUGAGUAAAGGCCGCUAUGGGGCAAACGGCGGUUAGCAGACUCGGGAAGAUAUAUAGUAGUAAAACCACUCACCAUCCAAAGCCCAGUCCGUUUCAUUGUCCUUCCUGGUCAUCAUACCAAGCUUCUCUCCCGUGUCAAAGAAGAACAUCAUAUGGCUGGCAUCGGAACGAAGAUACGGCGUGGCUGCCAG